UUAAGCAGUGGGUAUACUGAUGUAGCAAAAUACACACAAUAAUUAAUUGAAAAAAUAUAUAGUGACAUAGUACAGUUAUAAUCAUAGUACCCCAGUACCAAGAAAUCGGCCACUUGUAUAACAAUAAACUGGCCUGACAGAGAGCUUCCUUAGUGUUGUCCGGCUAGAAGAAGCGAGCAAGAUGGCGGCGACAUCAGCAGCGAUGAGGCGUUUCGAGCAAAACCUUUCCUCCAAAAAUCACCAAGUACCGGACUGGACCAGCAAAGAACUCAGCACCGGGACCACCAUCAUGGCGGUGGAGUACGACGGUGGCGUGGUCAUCGGCGCUGACUCCCGUACCACCACUGGAGCGUACAUCGCCAACAGAGUGACGGACAAGCUGACUCCCAUCCACGAUCGCAUCUUCUGCUGCAGAUCUGGAUCAGCUGCAGACACUCAGGCCAUCGCUGAAGUGGUCACCUAUCAGCUGGGUUUCCACAGCAUCGAGCUCGACGAGCCACCGUUGGUGGAGACGGCCGCCAAUCUGUUCCGAGCGAGCUGCUACCGCUACAGAGAGGAACUGACCGCCGGGAUCCUGGUGGCCGGCUGGGACCGGAGGAAGGGCGGACAGGUGUACUGCGUUCCUAUUGGUGGGAUGUUGGUGAGGCAGCCGGUGUCUGUCGGCGGUAGCGGCAGCUCGUACAUUUACGGCUUCAUGGACUCCAACUACAAGGUCGGACUGAACAAAGAGCAAUGUGUGGAGCUAACUGCUGCGGCUUUGUCGCUGGCCAUGGAGCGCGACGGCUCCAGCGGCGGCGUGAUCAGAAUGGCCACCAUUUCCGAGGAGGGUGUGGACAGACGCGUCAUCCUGGGAAACCAGCUGCCCAAGUUCUCCACACACUGAAAACUCACACACACACACACACGUUUACUUUGUCAAUAAAAAGUUCGUCAGAA